GCCAUGCAAAAAGCUUCUCAUCAUGCAGCUUCGGCGAGCUCCCUCGACAGACGAGGUGAGGGGCCUGUAUCCCUAUCAUUGGUGCUGUCAACCUCUGUAUCUUAAUUUUUGACACAACUCUUUUUCCGACCGCAAGCUGCUGCAUUUCUUAUAUUGCACAGCCGGUUGCUUUUGGUGUCCUUGGGUGUCAGAGCAGCAGACCCCUGCUUCCCGACCGAUUACGCAGCUUCAGUAUGAAGUUCGGUCAACAGCUUCGACAGUCUCUCAUCAAAGACUAUUACUGGCAUUACAUUGCCUACGAUGACCUCAAAGACGCCCUCAAGAAGCCUUUCGUGAACGGCAAGAACGGGGAACGCCAACCCUGGACCGACGAUGACGAGGCCGACUUCAUCCGACAGCUAGAAGCAGAGCUGGACAAGGUGUACACCUUUCAGAAACUCAAGAGCCAGGAAAUCGUCUCAAGAAUAAAGUCCAGUGAAGCAGAAGUAAAACAGGUCCUGGAACGUCAGGAGCUUCAGCAAACCUCCGAUCCCGAGUCCGACAGUGAGCUCGAGAGUGACUUUGAGCUGUUGGAGCAGGAUCUCAGUGAUAUUAUUGCUGACGUCCACGAUCUGGCCAAAUUCACCCAGUUGAACUAUACCGGUUUCCAGAAGAUUAUCAAGAAGCAUGACAAGCAGACCGAGUUCAUCCUCCGACCAUCCUUUGCUACCAGACUGAAAGCAAAGCCCUUCUUCGCAGACAACUACGAUGCCUUCGUCGUCACCCUCUCCAAGCUCUACGAUCUCGUCCGGACCAGGGGCCAUCCUGCAAAGGGUGACAGCGCCGCAGGAGGUGCACAGCAGAACUUCGUGCGGCAGACCACAAAGUACUGGGUCCACCCAGACAACAUCACAGAGCUCAAGCUCAUCGUCCUCAAGCACCUCCCCGUUCUAGUCUUCAACCCGAACAAAGAAUUUGAAGAGAAGGACUCUGCCAUUUCGUCGAUUUACUACGACAACCCGGAAACUUGGGAGUUGUACACCGGUCGUCUAAAGAAGACCGAAGGUGCGGAGGCUAUCCGUCUGCGAUGGUACGGAGGUAUGGAGAAUGAGACCAUCUUCGUCGAACGGAAAACGCAUCGUGAGGACUGGACUGGCGAGAAGUCUGUCAAGGCUCGAUUUACCUUGAAGGAGAAGAAUGUCAACGCAUUCCUGGCUGGCAAGAUGACCGUUGAGCAGGCCUUUGCGAAAAUGAGAAAGGAAGGCAAGAAGAGCAUCAAAGAGAUCGAGGAUCUGGAACAGCUUGCUCGCGAAAUACAGUACCGAGUCGUAACCAGGAAACUGGUGCCCGUGUGCAGAUCUUUCUAUCACCGCACCGCCUUCCAGCUUCCCGGCGACGCUCGAGUGCGUAUCUCCUUAGAUACCGAAUUGUCAAUGAUUCGGGAAGACAACCUGGACGGCAGGCAAAGAGCGGGCAAGAACUGGAGACGCAUGGACAUUGGCAUCGAUUGGCCGUUCCCACAGUUACCUCCGGAGGAUAUCGAGCGGUUCCCAUACGCCGUGCUCGAAGUAAAGUUGCAGACACAGGCCGGACAGGAACCUCCUCAAUGGGUUCGGGACCUGACAGCAAGCCACCUUGUCGAAGCAGUACCAAAGUUUUCGAAGUUUAUCCACGGCUGUGCCACCAUGUUUCCCACCAGAAUUAAUCUGCUACCAUUCUGGUUCCCGCAGAUGGACGUCGACAUUCGAAAGCCCAUCACGCAUCGUUUCGGUAUCGAACGACCGGCAAACACGGCUAGCUACUCCACUAGUGAUGUUGACGAUGACGAAGACUCAGAUGCUGAGUAUGGCCAGUUGACCGGAAAGACGACACCAUAUACGAACGGAUCGACCGACAGUGACGACGAACAGCAGCGGCGGCUGAGAGCCGCUAGGCAAGCAUUGGACGAACACAGCCGUGCCCAGGAACAGGAUGACCGAGAAGACGUUAAUGCUGCCCCCGGAAAUUCCCUAGACGAGGAGGAGCGUCUCGCUGCCAUGCCAGUAGGAGAGGACGAAUAUAUCUACGACUCGGAGAUGGAGGAUGACGAGAACGAAGUCGAAGAGGCUCGACGGAACAAGUCUUGGAAGUUCUAUCCCCUCAUGCUCAAGCACCAUGCCCAAGUUGCAAGCGAUACGAUCGUCAAGCUCUUCAGGAAGGUUCCGACAUCCACACCACUCCCACAAAAUGGUGACAUUGGCGGCGUCAACCCACUCGGUGGUCAGGUACAAGUCAAGCGGUUCAAAGCCCCGCCGGGCAAAAGAAUCCAUGUGCCGGUUCGAGUCGAGCCGAAAGUGUACUUUGCCACCGAGCGCACAUUCUUGUCUUGGUUGGAGUUCAGCAUCAUCAUCGGCUCGAUCGCAGCUACGUUGCUCAACUUUGGGGAUAGUGUUAGCCUCGCCUCUGCGUGGGGCUUCACCAUCGUCGCGUGUGCCGCGCUGGUGUAUAGUGUUGUGAUAUACUGGCUGAGAGUGCAAAUGAUCCGGAAACGCAGGGCUAGUAUCUCAAGAUACUAUGACCGGUAUGGUACGACGGCAUUGUGCAUUGGGUUACUCGCGGCGACGGCUCUCACGUUUGUGUUCAGGGUUAGGGAGAACGGGUGGUAAAACACGUUCAACUAAGGUCAUUGGGUGCAUGAAUGAGACUGCUGAUUUAAUGUUUAUUGGCUUUACAGAUAUGUCGAGCUGUUUCCGUGUAGCCAGCGCUCUGUCACGGAGGCAUUGACCGAAAGGCAAAGUGCAUUCAUUGUAUGGGUGCCAGUAUAGUUAUUAGAGGCGUGUACGGCGACAAUAGUUAAUGUUUAUGCUAGGCUGGGCUGGAUCAUAAGGACCAGCUACCUGUAUGUCCUGUCCAAUUCCAAUUUCAU